CCAAGUAGUCAGAGUAGUGGAGCCACACGGUCCAGACGGGGCGCUCCGCGAACGCAACAACCAACAACGCGCACUGUGGAAACGCAAAAAAAGAAUGAAAAAAUAAAGCAAGCAAUAAAGAAAAAGAGAUGUACAAAAUACAACAAGAAAUUAAAGAAUAGAUUAAACUACAAAAUUUGAUUUCUAUUUAAUGUGAAGUGCAAAGCAAAAAAGCGUUUUGAAUGCCAGCAAUGAAAAUGCUGAAGAGCUCGAGGCGAAUUGCAGAUGCGAAUUGUAUGUAAAUGUAGAUACAUUGUGGCAGCCUCAAGCCAUUUGCAGAGUAGUACUGCGAAAAGCCAGCGAUAUACUUGAGUAGUAAAUUGUGCAAAAAAUCGAGGAAAAUACAGAAAAAAAAUUUAACAGAUUUUUUUUUGGGUAACAGGAAAUAACCUUGAAAGCAUCUGCGAUUGGCAUUGCGAUUGCGAUUGCCUUUUGCGACAAGUUUUGGGGCAAGAGGCAAGUGUCGAGUGGCGAGUGGGAAGUGGCAAGUGGCAGAGGUGGCAGUGAAGAGUGCGUGUGCACUAAAAAACACAGCGCCGUACAACAUGGCGUAUGGGUAAUGAAUGUGUGUGGUAGCUCGACAUAUGCAGUUAAUGUGCGAGACGGCCGUGUGUUUCAAUAUUCGCACACAUACACACACACAUGCAGUGUGUGCGAGUGCGAGAGUGUGCGAGUGUGUGCGUGCCUACGUGCGUUCGUGUGCGUGCGUGCGUGAGUGCGUGUCUGUCUCGGGUUAGUGUACACACUGCGUAUGUGUGAUGGUGCCAAAUAAAUUAUUAAGCAAAUUAAUGCACAUAAAUACUUGAGUUUCCACUAUUUAUCGUAUCGUAUUUAUGUGGCAUUCAUCAACAACAACAACAAUAACAACUUCGAUGACGCAUUCGAGAGUAGGGCAGAAGGUUAAAUUACAAUGGCAACGACAACAGCAACAGCAACAGCAACAACGACAACGGCUACUGUUGAAAUUCGCCACGUACUGUAAUUCGGAUUCGGAUUCGGAGUCCAAAAACAUUAAAACCGAUACCAAUACCGAAUCGCAGCACGCAAGUUGGCGAUUUAUAGGCGUGCGACCAACUAAAAGCAGCUUCAGCUCCAGCUCAGCUCACCUCCCGAGACACGAGACGAGGCGAAGCUUGGAGCAGCAGAAGCAACGCCACCCGCAAUAACAAAGAGGCCCUGCGACUCCGACUCGGAGUGAAUGUUGUUGCCCAUCGUGGUGAAUUGCGCAGACAACAGACAACAACUGAACGAAAGCCACGAUAACAAGCAACAGCAAUUAGUCAUCACAAAUAUAAAAACAAAGAUAUAAACUAACGUUAAUGUAACAAAUUUCGUUAUUUAAAACUUUGCAAAAGUAAAAGAACUAACUAAAUUAACCAGAGAAAGAGAGAGAGAGAGAGAGCGCACUCGAGUGAGUGCGAGAGAGUGGGGGGAGAACGCGACAGCGGAAACUCACCACGAGUUUUGGCCUCUCUCUUCCAUGUCGCUGGCAACGUUCUGAAGAAAACUUUCACUCUCGGCACAACGUGGCGGCGGGCGGUGCGAAAGCAUCGAGCAGGAAGCGCAAAAAGUGACACACAAACACACUCACACACAUACACACACAGACACAGCGCGCAGACACACGCAUACAUAUACGUAAUACGUAUGUAUAUCGAGAAAUGAACAGCAGCAGCAAAAACGGGGAGAAAGCCCACAGAAAACUAAACUAAACAACACGAAUAUCCGCAGUCGAAGCAAGGAGCAGAGCAAAACUUUUGCAUGCAAGCAGCUGACUGCCUGCAGGAAGCGUGCCAGGACAACGGCAACGGCAACAACGGCGAAGGAGGAGCAGGAGCAGGAGCAGAAGCAGAAGCAGCUUACAACAGCAGCGGACAGUCCGGUGCUGACUGCUUCCCUGUCACAGCCAUUGAAUAGGCCUCUUCAACACGAACACUGGGCACAGGAUACGGGCCGAGCACGCACGCAACGCAAUUUUAAUGUAUCCUUAGAAUUUCAAACAGCAGCGCCGACAGUGUAAUGCGCCUUGGGGGCAGUGGUAUACCAUACGACGGUGACCCCCUGACAAUGAGCGCAGCUGGCAAUGACUAUGCCGAAUUAUGCGAUCUUGGACCCUCACGCUGGAGUGCACGCGCCUAUGGUUAUCAUGCAACAGCAGCAGCAAAUGCGGCCGGUAUCGGUAUCGGAGGCAUCGGAGUUCCGGGCGCCACACAGUCAUCAUCGAGCGUGCCCACGGGCGGCUCAGCCGGCCUCAGUGCACAUCAUUUACGCAGCAGCGCGGCAGCGCCAAACAGUUACGAGGCCGAGGAUAUUGGUCUGGCUUUUGGCAUGAUCAGUCCGCCACCUGGCAGCGGACACGGACACGGACAGGGGCACGUCGGCCAUUACGGCGGCAGCGGCGUCGGGAGUGCCGGUGGCAUUGGUUCCCGUGUGGGGAAUAGCACCAGUUCGCUGCGUGGCAGCGGCGGUGCAGGAGGCGGCGGACGCUCUGGACUCUAUUAUUCGCCGCCGGGCACAUCGUACACAAUCAUUGAGCGACCACAUUCGCCGCAUUACUAUUACAAUUCGGCGGGUGUGCCAACGAAGGGUGGCUCGUUGCCGGGUCGCGGUUCGGCGUAUCUCAGCUCCUCACCAUCCAGUCACAUGGCCGCUGGCACGGCGGGCACGCUGCCCACAUCGACGGCGGCCAGCGGACGUCAUGGCGCCUCGGCGAUGGGCAAUGGCAACAAGAAGCGGCCCAUCUCACCGGAGCAGGUGCUGCGCAUGUUUGGCGCCACACAGUCGUCAUCAGUUCCUACGAGUAGCUAUCACUACAGCAACGGCGGCACGCGGGAUCGCGAUCGAGAGCGCACAGGGCGACGCAGCCCAGCCAGCAGUCCGCCCUCGACGACGCAUCAGAUCUAUCGAGAUCGCGAACGAGAUCGGGAUCGAAGUGUGCCCAAUAUACACGAACUUACGACGCGCACUGUUUCCAUGUCGCGUGAUCAACAAAUCGAUCAUGGUUUCGGCAUCUGCGUCAAAGGAGGCAAAGACUCAGGCUUAGGUGUUUACAUCUCACGCAUCGAGGAGAAUUCGGUGGCGGAACGCGCCGGUUUGCGACCCGGUGAUACAAUCCUAGAGGUGAACGGCACGCCAUUCACUUCAAUCAAUCACGAGGAGGCGCUUAAGAGAUGUGUGCAGAUAUUGAAAUCGUCACGUCAAAUCAGUAUGACGGUGCGAGCGCCGCCUACGCUGAACUCGACGGCGCCUCUCCACGGCUUCGGCCCGCCCUCCCGCGAUCCGAUGUACGCAUCGAUGGCACCUCUACUACCACAGACUGCAGCGGGUCAGGCGGCGGCAGCGGCGGCGGCGGCCAUCGGCGGAGCGGGUCUGCCCUUUCGCCAGACCUGCUCCUGGAUGGAUCGUCAUGGUCGUCCCGCCUCGCCGCCCAUGGAAUAUGGUGGCAGACGCAACGAGCGACGCGAUCGCAUACGCCGUGUGGAGCUGCUCAUUGAGCCUGGACAAUCGCUGGGGCUGAUGAUACGCGGCGGCGUUGAGUACGGCCUGGGCAUCUUUGUGACGGGCGUCGACAAGGAUAGCGUCGCCGAUCGUGCCGGAUUGAUGAUUGGCGACGAGAUACUCGAGGUCAAUGGCCAGUCGUUUCUCGAUGUGACGCACGACGAGGCCGUUGGUCAGCUGAAGUAUCACAAGCGCAUGUCGCUGGUGAUACGUGACGUGGGCAAAGUGCCGCAUUCCUGCACAUCCAUCGAAAUGGAGCCCUGGGAUGCGUACAGUCCAACGGGCACGAGAGCACGCCGAAAAGGUCAGAUUGCGACCAUGGUGGAGGAGAAGGCGCGCUCGUUGCUGCCACGUCAUCAUUUUGCAAGUCUUUCGUAUUAUAUUGCUGAAUAUAGUGCGAAAGCAAUGACCAUAGAUGCCUUUGUUGCCGUCUUAUUAGAGAUGUUAGAUACGUACGAAAAGCACACGCUAGUGACGGAAAUUCGAGAGCUCGUCUUUCCGGAGGAUCGUACACGGUACGAUGAGCUUGUGUAUCGCAGAGAACGCGAUCCAUAUAGCGUGGAUAGGCAUAGGCGUAAAGGAGACCCCACACGUGAUUUGCCGGUUACAGCUGACGAUAUGGAAGUAAGCGCCGCCACCGGACGCAGUCCCUCGUCGGACUCUGGGCUGGGCAUGACCGUAACGGAUAUUCACAAACGACCCGCUCUACAGUUGCCAUAUCGUCCCAUGUCGGCGGGACCAAUACUGCAUCGUUCACAGCCAGCAUCACAGCAUUAUCAUCAGCCAGCAACAUCACAUGCAGCAAGCAACCAACAACAACAAUCCACACCACAACAACAACAACAUUAUCCACCACCACCACCACAACUCCAACAUACCUCAUUGCGUCAUCUGGGUGGCCCCGGUGGCGUCGUUGGAAACACUAUGCGUCAUCAUUAUCAGCCGUUGGGACCAAAUCAAUUCAAAUUCAAGCAAGCCAAAGACAAUCAGCAACAGGAAUACGGCUGUGAUGAGCAUAGAACUCGCCGGGGCAGCGAAACCCUAUUACCGGAAUAUGACCAAGAUGCGGGCGGCUACUUAGAUGGACUACGUUCACAUUUGGGUGGUUUAACACAACGUGUCAAAUCAUGGUAUUGGGGACGACCUCUUGAGUUGGCCACAAAACUCUCAAGAAGUUUCGAUAUGAAGGAAGAAGGCGGCACUUUGCUGGGCGAUAAAGGUGUACGAAGGCAUCAGUCCAUGCAGCGUCUGUCAGCUGAGCAGAACGGUGGUUCAACGACUGAACAAACACAUGAACACAAUCCAAACGUCGUACCUGAUCAUAGAGGCAACUUACACAUUACAGUUAAGAAAACCAAACCAAUUUUAGGUAUUGCUAUCGAAGGUGGUGCUAAUACAAAACACCCGCUUCCUAGGAUAAUCAAUAUCCAUGAAAAUGGUGCGGCAUUUGAAGCGGGCGGCUUAGAAGUCGGGCAGUUAAUACUGGAGGUAGACGGCACUAAAGUGGAAGGUCUACAUCAUCAGGAGGUUGCUCGAUUGAUAGCCGAAUGCUUUGCAAAUCGUGAAAAGGCUGAAAUAACCUUCUUAGUUGUCGAAGCAAAAAAAUCAAAUUUGGAACCGAAGCCAACAGCGUUAAUAUUUUUAGAAGCCUAACAUUUGCUUGCCCUGCCGGCUAGUGACCCAUUGGAACGACAAAAACUCGAGUUCCUCUAUGAAUGGGGCAUCGAUUUAACGGAGACGCCAAAACCAAUGCCAACACCAAUACCGCUGACAAAAGCUAAAAAUCCACCGCCACUGCCUCAUGAGCUACAUUGCAACAGCAGCAACAACAACAACAAUUAUGGCAGUAAUACUGCGCUCAACAAUCAUCAUCAUCAUCAAUCGCAAUCGCAAUCGCAACAACAACAACAACACUAUCAUACCAACACACCUACUAAUACACCAACUACUCAACAACACCAACAACAACAGCGGCAACCAACAGGAGCUACAACAAAACAACAACAACAACAACAACAAAGGCAACACUUGACCAACACCAACACACCAACAAAAGCGUCGCGGGAAACGACACCAAUACGUGAGCAGCAUCAACAGCAGCAGCAGCAGCAACAACAACAACAACAGCAGCAGCAACAUGCAACGCCCACGCGCGAGCAACAAACACCAACACGCCAACAGCAACACCAACAGCAACGGGAGCAACAUCAACGCGAGCGGCAGCAACAACUGCGCGAACAACGCGAGCAACGCGAACGUGAGCAUCAACACGAACACCACCAACACCCACACGGACAACACUCACACCAACACCACCGCGAUCAUCACGAUCACCGCGAUCAUCACGAUCACCGCGAUCACCACGAUCAUCGCGAUCAUCAUCAGCAGCAAUCAUCAUCAUCCUCAUCAUCUCAUUAUCACCAUCAUCAACAUCAUCAGCAGCAGCAGCAGCAGCAACAACAGCGCUACAACAGCAACAGCUACAAAACUCAUAAUAAUUCCGUUUACCAGUAAACAAAUUGAAAACAAAAGAACACCAAAUAACAACAACAACAACAACAGCUUAAAUUGGAACAAUUUUGGAACAUUCUUUCAAACGGCUUUCAGCAUUAAACAGUUAAAUUGUGCUAACAAAUUUGCAAAACAAACAAACAAACAACUUCUACCUGCAACUGUCUCUUUGCUCUUACAACUCCCUCUUGGUUUCCCUCGCUGUGUCUCAAUGUUUCUCACUCACGCCUUUCUACACACAAAUCGCUUAAUACAGUAUGGGAAAAAACCCCAAAGAAAAUUGGAAAACUCGAUAAAUGCUGUAAACGAAUUUGCAAUUCAAUGUUGUUGUAUGAGCUCUCGUUAUGAAUUUUCCCGCUCCCCACCCUGCUCCUCUUUGAGAGAUCUUUAAAUCUGUCAUAAACUAUCUUCACGCCAGUGUACUUUUGUUGUAGUCCGAAAGCUGCUCUACAAAAAAAAAUAUAUAAAAAAUACAAUAUUUUUUAUUAUUAUGUAUUAAAUGUUAAACGCAUUGGAACUAUAUUAUUCAAAAAAUACAAUUAUUUCAAUACACUGAUUGUUUUUUAUUUCUAUAUUAACGAUUUCCUAUAUCAAAAAUUUCUACUAAUUUAUUUGGUUUUUUUUUCGAAAAUAUCAAAACACCAAAAUUACACUGCCAAAAAAUACGUUUUAAAUUAUAUAAAAAAAAAAAUAUAAAAAUCCCAGAGCAGCUUUCUUGUCACGCCCCAUUCUGUGAAAUCCGAUGAAACCUCUAUCCUACAGAACUCGCCAAAUCUCUCUUGGCAGCAAAUACUUAGUAUAACCCGAAAGUAGACCCUUAAAAAACUGAACUUAGGACUUCUAAAACUCUCGUAACACACGCUAAUGUGUAAAACUCUAAAUACACUGUAACUGUGAAACAUAUUAUUGUAUUACGUAUUAAUAAUAUGAUUAUUAACAAGAAAAGUAGUCUAAAUGGUUAGUCGUUAAAAAUGAUUUAAAACACAAAAACCAAAAACAUAAAGUAUAAAAAUCAAUGCAAAAACAUAUAAUUUCACGAAGAAAAGAAAGAAAAUUAAGAUAAACCCACAAACCCCAAACCAACAACAAAUAAAAUAUGGCAUACAUUAAAUUAAAUAAGAUGAAGAGAAGAAACGAAACCAGAGCUUAACAAGUUAUAAAUAAAAAUCCUUAAACCGUAAGAAAUAACAUAAAUUAUGCAAAAGAAAAAGCCACACACUGUAAAAAAGAAACAAGCAAAUAAUAAAUUACUGCUUUUGUUAUGUAAUACACACACACACACACACACAGACACACAUUACACAGACAUACAUAUAACGCACUUGCAGCAAGAGAAGCAACAGCAGCAACAGACACUGACACGCAAAAUGCUUGACUAUUUAUGUAAUUAGCAGCGACAGCAACAACAUCAACAAACAAAUAUGAAGCCCACCUAAGCAAAUAAUUUGUAAAAAUAAUCGUAAUACUCACACAAUUAACAUACAUACAUACACUCAAACACCCAUGCAUACUAACGUAAAACAUACGCAUACAAUUGCAAAACAUAUGUAAAAAUGUAAACCUAGAGAAUGAUAUGAAAAACAUACCAUAAAUAUACCGCGCAUUAAACUAUGGCAAAGUGUGUCGAUAAAGCAGGCGUAGUGCAAGCAGUGCGUCCUCAACACGUCGUCAGUCACUCACACAUGAACACACUUUCUCUUACACACACACACACGCACACACGAAUACAGUAUCAAUUUAUGAAAAGAAAAAACUUAUCAGCAAAAACAAUCUAAGAAAAUGGCGCAAAAUUUAAUGAAGUUAAUCGAAAAAUGUUAUUAGUACAAUUUAAACUGCACACUGCACUCUUUUUGAAUGUUUGUUAAAUGUUUUAAGAAACAAGAACAACAGCUGCAAAAUUGUAUUCCUCUCACCAAAAAAAAAUCCACAACAAAUGGUAAACGAAUUAUAAAAACAAAAUCUACAAAUCUACAAAAAAAAGCUACGCUACUCUACCAUUAAACAACUAGCAAAUUAAAAUACAACAUUUACAAGAAUAUGCAGUAGAGAAAACGAACGCUUAAAAUUUGAGGUUGAUUGGCAUUAAGUAAAAGCAUUAAAAGAAAAGUUAAAACGAUGUUAAAAGCCGACAGGGCGCGAUAACGAGCAAAACAAAAACAACAAAAUAUUAAGAACAAUGAAAAAUGGAAACACCUAAAAAACGCACGACUCAACAACAAAGUGUGCAUGAACUUAAUAUACAUUUAUUGUAAAAUAUUAGAAAACCAAAAUGAAAAAAAUUAUAACUUUUUAAUAUGAAAAUGGAAACUAAACAAAAUACAUUUUUCGCUCUCUUAUAGUUACUAACUCCCUCGCUGUAUCUCCCUCUAUCUCUCCGUCUUUCUCUCUGUCUAUCUUGUCUUUUCGCUCAGCUCAAAAAAAAAAAAAACAGUAAA